AUGAGGAUUAUGAGAAUGAUACUAUUAGUAGUGUGGCUUCUUUUCUUGCUUACCACCGCUGCUCAUGUACGGUGUGAUGAUGGUAAUCAAGGCAAUCAGUGCGUAGAGAAGGAGAAAGAGGCUCUCCUCAGCUUUAAGAGAGUUGUUGAUCCAGGUAACCUUCUUUCUUGGGCAACUAAUAGUUCCAACCAAAACUGUUGUAACUGGGAAGGAAUCACUUGUGACACCCAAACCAAUCAUGUCAUUGCUAUUGAUUAUAAUGGUUAUGGAGGAGUACUUGGUGGUGAGAUUGGUUGCUCCUUGGCUGAGCUGCACUACUUGAAUUACUUGAGUCUAUCUCACACUCACUUUACUCGAAUUCCCAAGUGUAUUGGUUCUUUCAAACAUCUCAUGCAUCUUGACCUUUCAGGUACUCUAAUUAGUGGUGCUAUUCCCUCUGAGCUUGGAAAUCUUACCAAAUUGCUUGGAAAUCUUACCAAAUUGCAGUAUCUUCAUCUUUCUUAUAUAUAUGUAGAUAGUCUUGAGUGGCUUUCUCGUCUCACUUCUUUGAAGACCUUUGCAUUGUAUGAGGCCAAUUUUACUAAAGCAGGGCUUCAAUCAUUUAGAGUGCCACCUUUCUUAUCAGACUUGGACCUAUCAGAUUGUCUACUUCCCAAAGUAGAUCUUUCAUCUCUUUCCCCUUCGAAUUAUUCGUCUAAUUUUCUAAAAACUCUCACACUUUUUUAUAAUUCAAUACAUCCCACUGCAAUUACUUGGUUUUUAAACUCGAGUAAUAAUCUUUUUGGACUUACUAUAUCAAAUAACAUCAUAGAUGGUUUAUUUCCAGAUUCCAUUAGAGGAAAAAAAUCUUUGUCAAAAGUUGAUUUGUCUGCAAACAAAGCUGAACUUGAAAAUGGAGUACUAAAGUCCUUGGGGAAUCUUUCCAACAUGAACUUCUUAGAUUUAUCUCAAAACAACCUUAGUGGUACCUUACAUAAUGCUUUAGAAAAUCUAGCAGGUUCUGCCAAGAAUUCAUUAGUGGGUUUGAGCUUGAGUUAUAACCAACUUAGUGGGUCAAUUCUUGAGGAUGCUAAAAACACAUUCCCAUCUCUGAGAUGGCUAUAUCUUGCUAAUAAUCGGUUGGAAGGUACUUUUCCUAGCCACUUGAGUUGA